GGACAGAGAGUAGACGGCUGGUGGACCCCGAGGAGGAAGGGUAUGGGAGCCCUCCGUGGUUGCUGACCAAGUGUUUUGGGGUCUGUCCCCCACCAUCCAGGCACCCGUGGGGUCCAUGAGGCCCGGGCUCACAGGCCCCCUCGGCUUCGGCAGCUUGGUGGUGUGGUGGUGGCAGUGAGAUGGGGGGCAACCUGGGCUGCCACCGCUCCAUCCCCCGGGACCCCGGUGACCUGUGCCACAGCCGCAAGUUCAGUGCAGCGUGCAACUUCAGCAACAUCCUUGUCAACCAGGAGAGGCUCAACAUCAACACAGCCACGGAGGAGGAGCUGAUGACCCUGCCCGGGGUCACCCGGGUAGUGGCUCAGAACAUCGUGGAGUACCGGGAGUACAUUGGCGGCUUCAAGAAGGUGGAGGACUUGGCACUGGUCAGCGGGGUUGGGGCAGCCAAGCUGGAGCAGGUGAAGUUUGAGAUCUGCGUGAGCAGCAAGGGCAGCUCGGCGCAGCACUCGCCCAGCUCCCUGCGGAAGGACCUGGCCUCUGAGCACCACCUGUCUGCCACCAAGAUCAACAUCAACACCGCCACGCCAGCACAGCUCAUGAGUAUCCGCGGCAUCACGGAGAAGAUUGCCAACAGCAUCGUGGACUAUCGGAAGGAGCAUGGGCCCUUCAAAAGUAUUGAGGACCUGGUGAGGAUGAACUGUAUCAAUUCCUCCUUCCUAGACAAAAUCAGGCAUCAGAUUUUUGCGGAGAGGUCCCGACCCCCUUCGACAAACACCAAUGGUGGCCUCAACUUCUUGGCCAAGCCUCAUCCCAGCCCCACUUCAUUGAGCCUCCAGAGUGAAGACUUGGAUUUUCCCCCCGGGGGCCCAACCCAGAUCAUCUCCACUCGCCCGUCAGUGGAGAUGUUCGGGGGGCUGAGGGAUGGGAGACCCGUGCUGAGGGUGGCCACCUGGAACCUGCAGAGCUGCUCUGUUGAGAAGGCGAACAACCCAGGCGUGCGGGAGGUCGUAUGCAUGACGCUGCUGGAGAACAGGCUAAUGCUGUGUUGGGGCCCUGCCAAGAAUAAUUCCCCUGCAAUAAAAGAGCAGGAAAGAGGCCUGGCUCAAGUGACUCGACUGUGCUAUAUCAAGCUUUUGGCUGUGCAGGAGCUGGUCGAUAGAGAAGCACUGGAAAAGUUUUGUAUGGAGCUGAACCAGCCGACACUGCCAAACAUCCGCAAGUGGAAGGGCCCUAGAGGAUGUUGGAAGGGUGUUGUUUCCGAAAAACCCUCGGGCCAGCUACAUAAGGGAGUUGAAUACUCUGGGUUCCUGUGGGAUACAACAGCUGGCAUUGAGCUAAAAGAUGCCUCUUCUCAGGAGAAUGUACAGACUAAUGGCAAUGGGAAGCACUCGUAUCCUCAUCCAUAUCUUGCACAUUUCAAGUUUGGGAUGAAUGAUCUGACACUGGUUAACCUUCACCUGGCCUUGGCAUCCGCAGCAGGGGAGAACACAGGGAAGAACCAUGACAGCCACAAACUAGCAACGUUUGCACAGACUUUGCAGGAGACCCUGAAAGGAGAAAAAGACGUAAUCAUCCUGGGAGAUUUUAACCAGGCUCCCGACAGCAGUGACCAUGACAUACUGAGGAAAGAGAAGUUCCAUCACUUGGUCCCUUCGAGUACCUUCACCAAUAUCAGCACAAAGAACCCUCAAGGAUCCAAGUCACUGGACAACAUCUGGAUCAGCCGCAGCUUGAAAAAGGUUUUCACAGGCCACUGGGCUGUUGUGCGAGAAGGUCUUACAAAUCCAUGGAUCCCUGAUAACUGGUCCUGGGGCGGGGUGGCUUCGGACCACUGCCCCGUGUUAGCCGAAUUUUACAUGGAAAAGGACUGGAACAGGAAGGAGGUGACGCGGAAUGGAAAUGGGGUGACCCUUGAGCGCAACGACUUGAACACUAAGCACGAACGAUGAUAUGAACUGGGGGGGUGUCUCCUGGUCCCCGAGGAGCAGUCCAUAGCUCUGUUUGCUUGAGACUCAGCUGCAGAGCAGAACUGCCUCCCCCUCUCCCUCCUUCCCACCAUCCUCCCCGCGUCCAGAAAGCAUCAGCACUUGACUUGAUGGCUGUUGCUCUGUGUCCCUCAUGGACAGUUUUUGGGACAGUUACUGUCUCAUGGCAAUAGAGCAAUCUGUAACUUUUUAUGGGCACACAAUGGACCUGGAGAUUUGGAUGAGAACUGUACAUGAAAUAAAGUAUACUUUCAAUACUGUA